AUGCAGGGGGGGAGCCUCGAACCGCUGAGGAAGGUGAAGGUGUACGGGAGCCGGGACUCGCUCUUCCUCGUGGGGCUAAACAAAAAGCAGGAGGCGUACGAAGUAACGGAGGUGGCGCGGAGCAGAGAGGUCCAAGUGAAGCGGAACUUCCAAAUACACCGAAAGGCUUCCUAUCGCAACUUCGUGGGGAAGAAUGGGCUAGAGUACGUGUGCAAAUGUGAGGGCAUCCUGGGAUGCAUCCGUUUUUUAAAUUACCCCUACCUUUACGUCAUCACGAAGAAGGAGAGAGUAGCUGUCCUGUUGAAUGAGCACAAAGUGUACCUCGUCAAGUCGGUCCUCUUGAUCCCCUUCCGAGACGACGUGUUUGGAAACUUCAACGAUGAAAAUGAGUUGGUACAGUUAUUCUACAAUAGCGUUAAUCAUAAGCAUAUAUACUUUUCCUAUACGUACAAUUUACCUUGCUCUGUGCAGGUGAAUUUUUACCUACAGAAGGAGUUCCUCAGAGGGGGGAUCAUCCACAGUAGGGACUACGCAAAUGAGUACCUGUGGAAUGGUUACCACUGUAAGGCGUUCGUUAGACAAAACGUAUUCAUCUGUGUGCCAACUAUCAGUGGGUUCUAUGUUCAGUCAAAAUUUCUUUGCGAAGGGAAAGCGAUAGAUGUUACGUUCAUCGCCAGGAGGUGCAACAAGUACGCUGGGACGAGGUACCGCAAGAGGGGCAUCAAUGCCAAGGGGUAUGCAGCUAACCAGGUGGAAACGGAGCUAAUAUUAUUCCAAAGGAACUACGAAACUGCCAUUCUUUCGUACGUCCAAUUGAGAGGGUCCGUGCCUGUGUUCUGGACGCAAGGGGUUAACUACCAUUUGUUGAAGAGGCCCAAAAUAAAAUGCAAAAAGUAUGACGCGUUUUUUACCUGCACGAAGAGGCACUUCAGGCACCUCCUCGCAAGGUACGGCUACCCCAUCAUUGCCAUUAACCUGUUGAGCAAGAAGAAGCAGAGCGAUGAGAGUAACUUGUCUAAUGAGUACGAAGCAUGCAUUGGAGUGAUUAAUAGGGACCUGCCUCCCCCCAUUAGAAUCAUCUACAGACAUUUGGACCUGAGGAAGGCUUAUAAAAUCGGCACCAAGUACACUCUGCAGAAGUUGAAAAUCAUUUUUAACUUUUCCCAGCGCAAUGUGGGGUACUUCUACCUCCGGAAUGGACAAGUGGUAGUCAUCCAGAGGGGGGUCCUUCGCUUUAAUUGUGUGGACUGUCUCGAUAGAACCAAUGCGGCUCAGCUAUUUCUGAAGAUGUACAUGUUGGUACAUUUUCUGAAGCUAAUUUUCCGCGUCAAGAUGAAGGCCCUAUGUGUUAACCACGUGGCGCAUCUAUCUCAGAUGUAUGAAGAGCUGGGGGACGCCAUAGCGAAGCAGUACGCGGGUUCUACUGCGCAUAAGAAGUACACCCCGGGGCAGAGCAACAACUUCUUCGUCCAGUCGAAGGAGCUACUGACUUCUAUCAAGCGGUACUACAUUAGCUCGUUCAACGAUUUGGAGAAGCAAAAAUCUAUUAACCUUUUUUUGGGAGUGGCCCAGGACAAGCUGCAGGACAUCCGGCACGCGCACGACCUGGACGCGUACGUGCACGGGCGUAGUUUCUUUCGACUGGCCGGCGCCGGCCCCUUCUGGUGGGUCCUCCCGCUGGAGCGCUUCUGCGCCAGGGCGGAGUCGCUCCUGGGGGGGGGGCUCUCCCGUGCGCAAGCUAAGAGGCGCGCCGAUAGGCGAGCUGAAGGGAGAACUGCUAGACGAAAUGCUAGACGGACUUCUCAUCUAACCGCUAGCCGAAGCGCCAGACGGGGAGACAGCGUCGCGCCCAGCAGGCUGCGCAACCUGAAGUUCUACCGCUGCUUCAGCGCCACCAACGUUUUCAGAAACUUGUACAACGCGCACGACUGGGAGGGCCGCUUCGCGCAGUUGGCGGGGGGAGCGGGAGGAGCGGCAGGGUUAGCGGAAGAGGUAGCGUCGGGGUUGGCGGCGGGAGGAGCGGCAGGGUUAGCGGUUGGAGGGGCGGCAGGAGUAGCGCCGGGGUUGGCGGCGCUGCUGCUGAAGAGCUGCGGGGGAGCGAGUCACGCGGGGAGGCCGCCUAACCAAGCGGCUGCCGCCGUGCUACCCCCUUUCGAGCGGUCCCUGAACCUAAUCGCCCACAUCUACCGAUUCUACGACGCGCACAGACAGGAUUUCCGCUUCUUCUUCAAGAACAAAAACAUCUUUAGGUUCCGCGUGUGGAGGUUCAUAGCGACGUACAAUUACCUUAACUACUUGAGGGUUUUUUUCGACGUGUUUUUCCUCCUCUACUACUGCUUUUGCGAGCGGUACAGUGUGCGUAUGGUGUAUAUGAGCCAUGUAAACGCCCUGUGCGCGGCGCUGGGGGGAAGCGGUCAAGUGGAGAGGGGCGGCCGCACGGUGGGUCAAGGCAACCACACCGUGCAGAGACGCGCAGCACCCCUCGUUAACCCCUACACAGUGGAGAAGGACGUGCAGAAGAUCACCCACCAGUAUAUGAGCCACAAGAAGAUGUCCUUCGCAUUGGAGCCCUACCUAAAUUAUUAUAACUUGAACCGAGCUCCCUAUCAGUACAUGCUGAUGAGUGGGCGCUCCCUUGUUGGGAGGAGAGGGAAAAACGGCAAGCGUCCUACUCUAAGGGUAAGGCACCCAUGUGGAAGUGAUGCAGAAGCGAAAAGGUUUAAACGUGUCUGCAUCCCCCAUGUGGGGGACUCCCCCGUUGUAGAUGAUGAGGGGAAGACACACUGCAGGCCCAUUUUCAAGAAGAAGCUAAUUGAGCAAAUAAAAAACAGGGUGGUUCAGGGGACGGGCGCCUGUCCUUAUUACUCGAGAGCGUACGAGAGGUCGAAACGGAGGUGCCGCGAAGGACCUGCAAGGGGGGAGAAGCAGAUGGAGAAGCCGUAUCAAUCGGAUCGCCCGGAGCGGUUGCAGCUGGAGCGGUUGGAAGACCAGAUUGGGAAAUCGCCGCGCGGGUACUGCCCAAUCUAUUUCAAUGCCAACAUGGUUAAGUUUUUUUUCUUCCUGUAUAGCAGCUGGCGUGGGGGAGGUGCCGCGGGGGAGGACGCGGAGGGACCCGCUUCGAUGCCGAUCGUGAGGGGGAUAGUCAUGGGUGUGUUGAGAGCGGCGCUCGGGUUGCCGCCAUCGAGUGGGGUGCCGCCACUAACUGGGGUGUCGCCACCAACGGGGCUACCCCCACCCAGUGUGGGGCCGAACAACAUGCAGCUGCUGCUCAGGCAAGCGACCCAGGCGCGCUCCCUCCAGGAGGGGCUCUCCGACCUGUACAUGCACUGCGUGUAUAAAAGCCACGAGUAUAAGGAGCUCCCUCUGGGAAGCCUCCAAAAUCCCAACGCUCCCACCUGCAGCGACGAAAAGAGCAAAAUGAAAAGGUCUGAAUCUGAGCAGAGGUUCCUCCUAGACGAGUACGACACGUUGGAGCACAAUUUAAAAAAAAAAAAAAAAAAAAUUUGGCUAGUCGAUCGGAAAAUAAAAAACGAAGUCCAGAGGAAUCACGCACAUCUCUCCAGAGAGUACCUCUCCCUCAAGCAUUAUACAAAAACGUAUUUCAACCAAAUGAUAGAUUUGCAAAAGCGAGACGGGGAAGUGAAGAGACUCUUUCUUCGCCAAAUUGGGUUGGGGAAUUCCCAAACGGCCAAUCAGACGUACCACUUUUUGGAGGAAAGCUCCUGCCGCUUCACACGGAUCGACGCGAAGAAGAAGAAGAAGAGCCAGUUCGCCGCAUGGACCUCUGAGCAGCUGGCGCCGGACUUCAACGUCCUGCGGCAUCGACUCGAGGGGAAGGUGGACUACCGGCAGUACUGCAACCCGCUGUCGCGCGAAAUUUUCCGCCCCUAG